CCAACAAACGUGCCCUUAUACGACGUGAGGAGUCACAACUCACAGCACAUUCGACUGGGGAGUCCAUUGUUCACCAUUACACACUCUGACAUUCAAGUUGGCGCUCAAUCUCUCACAGGUCACAGUUCCUCUCCAAAUUAUUUACACAAAAAAUGGCAGUUACAGCUACUUCAAGCUGGCAGAUCGCAGUAGCAAAACCCUCUCUUUUCUCUCGAAGAAUUUUUAGCGGGAGGAAAAAUGUCGUCGUCAAUUCUUUUGGCCUGGGAGAAUCAUGGGCUAGGUUGUCCAGUGCUUGUCACAUAUCAUCUGGACAUCAUUUCAAUCGUACCUUCACGUCGUCUCCAGUUAAGGUUGACAAGAUAGCCACUAAGGCAAUGUCUGAACCUGAUGAAAGCAAGCCUGCUUCAGGAUUGUCCAUCAAUUUGAAAGGUAAAAGAGCUUUUAUUGCUGGUGUAGCUGAUGACAAUGGCUAUGGUUGGGCUAUUGCAAAGUCUCUAGCUGCUGCAGGUGCUGAAAUUCUUGUUGGAACAUGGGUCCCAGCAUUGAAUAUUUUUGAAACUAGUCUACGCCGUGGGAAGUUUGAUGAAUCACGGGUUUUACCUGAUGGCUCUUUGAUGGAGAUCACUAAAGUUUACGCAUUGGAUGCAGUUUUUGACGCUCCAGAAGAUGUUCCUGAAGACAUAAAAGCGAACAAACGAUAUGCUGGAUCCAGUAGUUGGACAGUUAAGGAAGUAGCGGAAUGCGUAAAAAUGGAUUUUGGCAGCAUAGACAUUCUUGUGCACUCUCUUGCUAAUGGGCCGGAGGUCACCAAGCCUCUGCUGGAAACAUCAAGAAAGGGAUACCUCGCAGCAAUUUCUGCUUCUAGCGGUUCGUCCAUUUCUCUAACGUAUAUUGCCUCUGAGAAAAUCAUCCCUGGAUAUGGAGGUGGCAUGAGCUCGGCAAAAGCAGCGCUAGAGAGUGAUACAAGGGUGCUGGCAUUUGAGGCUGGACGGAAACAUAAAGUCAGAGUGAACACCAUAUCUGCUGGCCCAUUGAGAAGUCGUGCAGCAAAAGCUAUCGGAUUCAUCGACAUGAUGAUCGAUUACUCCCUAGCAAAUGCCCCUCUUCAGAAAGAAUUGUCAGCAGAUGAGGUAGGAAAUACGGCGGCCUUUCUGGCAUCGCCACUGGCUUCGGCCAUAACAGGUGCAGUUGUAUAUGUCGACAAUGGUCUGAACGCAAUGGGAGUAGGUGUCGAUAGUCCCAUAUUCAAGGACCUCGACCUUCCCAAAGCCGAGUAAUUGAAAAUCUUUUUUGCAGUUUCCAUUGUAGUUGAUCGAGUUUUAGUUGGAGUAGCUGGACUGCAAUUUUGUUUUGUACCUUUAACUCGGCUUCAUAAAGGACUUGUUGGUCUUGUCCAUUUUUAGCUGUGUGAACUACCGUCCUUCGUGGCGUAAAAGCAAUUUUGCUGUGUGAAUUACUGGCAAUAAUUACCGUCCUUUGUGGAAUCAUUUGCUGUGUGACGCUAAUUUGCAAUAUCACAUGCACUAAUGUGCAGUUUAAUUUACUA